CGUCCCUCGCUUCCACGAUAUACAAAGAUAUGGGAUGUGUCUAUUGUCUUUAGACAUCUACAAACACUCCAACCACUAAACGAUCUUACCUUACAAGACUUAACUCUCAAGACAACGAUGCUGAUUGCACUGUGCUCUGGACAAAGAUGUCAAACUUUACAAGCCCUGGACAUAAAAUCCAUGGCUCUGACUGAURAACACUGUGUAUUCUACAUCCAGAAAUUACUUAAAACCUCAAGACCUGGCAAACACUUUGGACAGCUUCACUUGAAUGCUUUUGAAGAUAAGACAUUAUGUGUAGUCUCUUGUAUUAAAGAAUAUGUUCAACGUACUCAGCCAUUACGGAAAGAUAAUGCCCAAUUGUUGUUAAGUUUUUGCAAACCCUUUAAACCUGUGUCAACUGACACUAUUGGACGUUGGUUGAAAAAGACCUUAGACUGUGGUGGAAUUGAUACUACGGUCUAUGGCGCUCACAGUACACGCUCUGCAUCCACAUCAGCAGCAAAAGCUGCAAACGUUCCUAUUGAAGACAUUAUGACUGCUGCAGGAUGGUCUAAUGCAGAGACUUUUAGAAAAUUUUAUGACAGACCAGUUCAAGUUAAUACUAACACCUUUGGUUGCAUCGUUAAAACAUGAUAUUUCAUAGUGUUAAUAAAGUAGAGCAUUACAAUUGAUGUGUGCAUAACUGAAUAAGCACUGCUCUUGGCCAUUGGCUUUAAAGAUCUCACGUGACUUCGUAGUGACGUAGACCAAUGACGAAGUAGAAUUUAAAAAUUAAACGAGACUUACCUGUAAGGUGAAGUUUGAUUAUAAUUCUACGAGUUAUUGGUCAGGAACGAAGAAGUCACGUGCCCACCCUAUUGUUAUCACAUGAAGCCCAUUCCCUACCCUUAAGGUGACUAAAAUGACCAAGAGCAGCUAACCUUUAAAAACUGAUUGCUUGCUUGCCGCGCGCUAUCUCACGUGACUUCUUCGUUCCUGACCAAUAACUCGUAGAAUUAUAAUCAAACUUCACCUUACAGGUAAGUCUCGUUUAAUUUUUAAAUUCACGUGGUUUUCGCAAAAACUGAAUAGACUUAAUGAAUGUAUUCUUAGUUGGGUUUCGAACAAUAGAAUCCUCUUCUCUUGAG